GCGCGGCCCGGAGCGGCGGCGUCUCUUCCUGCCCCCGCUCCUCAGGAGUUGCUGGAGCUUCUUGACAGAAAAGAGCCGAGCCGGGGCCUCGGGAGGACUGGCCAGGAGCGGCGCAGACGGUUCAGCCCCUGCUGGCCCGGGCGUCCCUCGCUCCCCGUCUUGGGUCCAUCGCUCCCCUCGCCCCUCCUUUCCGCCUCCUCUCGCGCUGCCUCUCUCGGUUUAUUUUUUCAAACGGUGUAGCCGCCAGAGGUGCGGUGUUAAAUUCUUGGAAGGGGCCCGGAUGUACUGAGGAUGCAUUACAAUUUCACUCAAGGAGGCAGUAGUGGAAAGGAUCAGUUUUUGGUGUUCGAUGCAAUAAUGGGAAUCAGGUAAUCAUCAGAAGGGAAGAAGAAAUACCGCAGAUCCACGGCUUCCUUGAAUUUUGCACGAAAGCCGCCGACCGAGGAGGAGGGAUUAAUCCAGACCCGCUGGGGGGUGUUUUGACAUUUCUCCCUCUUUGUGGCUGCUUCUCCUUUUAACACAAUUUUUGGUCAAUGGUCAAUGAAAACACGAGGAUGUACAUCCCAGAGGAAAACCACCAAGGUUCCAGCUAUGGGAGCCCACGCUCAGCUCAUGCCAACAUGAAUGCCAAUGCAGCGGCAGGGCUUGCCCCCGAGCACAUCCCUACUCCAGGGGCGGCCCUGUCCUGGCAGGCAGCCAUCGAUGCGGCCCGGCAGGCCAAGCUGAUGGGAAGUGCUGGCAAUGCGACCAUCUCCACUGUCAGCUCCACACAGCGGAAGCGGCAGCAGUACGGGAAACCCAAGAAGCAGGGCAGCACGACCGCCACACGCCCGCCUCGCGCCCUGCUCUGCCUGACUCUGAAGAACCCCAUCCGCAGGGCGUGCAUAAGCAUUGUCGAAUGGAAAUAUCCUUUACCAUUUGAAAUCAUUAUUUUACUGACUAUUUUUGCCAAUUGUGUGGCCUUAGCGAUCUAUAUUCCCUUUCCAGAAGAUGACUCCAAUGCCACCAAUUCCAACCUGGAACGAGUGGAAUAUCUCUUUCUCAUCAUUUUUACUGUGGAAGCAUUUUUAAAAGUAAUAGCCUAUGGACUUCUCUUUCACCCCAACGCUUACCUCCGCAAUGGCUGGAAUUUACUAGAUUUUAUAAUUGUGGUUGUAGGGCUUUUUAGUGCAAUUUUAGAACAAGCAACCAAAGCUGAUGGGGCCAAUGCUCUAGGAGGGAAAGGGGCUGGAUUUGAUGUGAAGGCUCUGAGGGCGUUUCGCGUGCUGCGCCCCUUGCGGCUGGUGUCCGGAGUCCCGAGUCUCCAGGUGGUCCUGAAUUCCAUCAUCAAGGCCAUGGUCCCCCUGCUGCAUAUCGCCCUGCUAGUGCUGUUUGUCAUCAUCAUCUAUGCUAUCAUCGGCCUAGAGCUCUUCAUGGGGAAGAUGCAUAAGACCUGCUACAAUCAGGAGGGUAUAGCAGAUGUUCCAGCAGAAGAUGAUCCUUCCCCUUGUGCUCUGGAAACGGGCCACGGGCGGCAGUGCCAGAAUGGUACUGUGUGCAAGCCCGGGUGGGAUGGGCCCAAGCACGGCAUCACCAACUUCGACAACUUUGCCUUCGCCAUGUUGACAGUGUUCCAGUGCAUCACCAUGGAGGGCUGGACAGACGUGCUGUACUGGGUCAAUGAUGCCGUAGGAAGGGACUGGCCCUGGAUCUAUUUUGUUACACUUAUCAUCAUAGGGUCAUUUUUUGUACUUAACUUGGUUCUCGGUGUCCUUAGCGGAGAGUUUUCUAAAGAGAGAGAGAAGGCCAAGGCUCGGGGAGAUUUCCAAAAGCUGAGAGAGAAGCAGCAGCUGGAAGAGGAUCUGAAAGGCUACCUGGACUGGAUCACCCAAGCAGAAGACAUCGACCCUGAGAACGAGGAUGAAGGCAUGGAUGAGGAGAAACCCCGAAACAUGAGCAUGCCCACAAGUGAGACGGAGUCUGUCAACACUGAGAACGUGGCUGGAGGUGACAUCGAGGGAGAAAACUGUGGGGCCAGGCUGGCCCACCGGAUCUCCAAGUCGAAGUUCAGCCGCUACUGGCGCCGGUGGAAUCGGUUCUGCAGAAGAAAGUGUCGCGCCGCAGUCAAGUCCAAUGUUUUCUAUUGGCUCGUGAUUUUCCUGGUGUUCCUCAACACGCUCACCAUCGCCUCAGAGCAUUACAACCAGCCUCACUGGCUCACAGAAGUCCAAGACACAGCCAACAAGGCACUACUGGCCCUUUUCACGGCAGAGAUGCUGCUGAAGGUGUACAGCCUGGGCUUGCAGGCCUACUUCGUGUCCCUGUUCAACCGCUUUGACUGCUUCGUGGUGUGCGGGGGCAUCCUGGAGACCAUCCUGGUGGAGACCAAGGUCAUGUCUCCCCUGGGCAUCUCCGUGCUCAGAUGCGUCCGACUACUGAGGAUAUUUAAAAUCACAAGGUACUGGAACUCCUUAAGCAACCUGGUGGCAUCCUUGCUGAACUCCGUGCGCUCCAUCGCCUCCCUGCUGCUGCUUCUCUUCCUCUUCAUCAUCAUCUUCUCCCUCCUGGGAAUGCAGCUCUUUGGAGGAAAGUUCAACUUUGAUGAGAUGCAGACCCGGAGGAGUACAUUUGAUAACUUUCCCCAGUCCCUCCUCACUGUGUUUCAGAUCCUGACCGGGGAGGACUGGAAUUCGGUGAUGUAUGAUGGGAUCAUGGCUUAUGGCGGCCCCUCUUUUCCAGGGAUGUUAGUCUGUAUUUACUUCAUCAUCCUCUUCAUCUGUGGAAACUAUAUCCUACUGAAUGUGUUCUUGGCCAUUGCUGUGGACAACCUGGCUGAUGCUGAGAGCCUCACAUCUGCCCAAAAGGAGGAAGAAGAAGAGAAGGAGAGGAAGAAGCUUGCCAGGACUGCCAGCCCAGAGAAGAAACAAGAGGUGAUAGAGAAGCCGGCAGUGGAGGAGACCAAGGAGGAGAAAAUUGAGCUGAAAUCCAUUACAGCCGAUGGAGAGUCCCCACCCACCACCAAGAUCAACAUGGAUGACCUCCAGCCCAAUGAAAAUGAGGAUAAGAGUGCCUACCCCAACCCAGAAACUACAGGAGAAGAGGAUGAUGAGGAGCCCGAGAUGCCUGUGGGCCCCCGCCCACGACCACUAUCUGAGCUGCACCUUAAGGAAAAAGCAGUGCCCAUGCCAGAAGCCAGUGCAUUUUUCAUCUUCAGCCCCAACAACAGGUUCCGCCUCCAGUGCCACCGCAUUGUCAAUGACACAAUCUUCACCAACCUGAUCCUCUUCUUCAUUCUGCUCAGCAGCAUUUCGCUGGCCGCUGAGGACCCUGUCCAGCACACGUCCUUCAGGAACCAUAUUCUGUUUUAUUUUGAUAUUGUUUUUACUACCAUUUUCACCAUUGAAAUUGCUCUGAAGAUCCUAGGCAAUGCAGACUAUGUCUUCACUAGUAUCUUUACAUUAGAAAUUAUCCUUAAGAUGACUGCUUAUGGGGCUUUCUUGCACAAGGGCUCCUUUUGCCGGAACUACUUCAACAUCUUGGACCUGCUGGUGGUCAGCGUGUCCCUCAUCUCCUUUGGCAUCCAGUCCAGUGCAAUCAAUGUUGUAAAGAUCUUGCGAGUUCUGAGAGUACUCAGGCCCUUGAGGGCCAUCAACAGAGCCAAGGGACUGAAGCACGUGGUUCAGUGUGUGUUCGUCGCCAUCCGAACGAUCGGGAACAUCGUGAUUGUCACCACACUGCUUCAGUUCAUGUUCGCCUGCAUCGGGGUCCAACUCUUUAAGGGAAAGCUCUACACCUGUUCAGACAGUUCCAAGCAGACAGAGGCAGAAUGCAAGGGUAACUACAUCACGUACAAGGACGGGGAGGUUGACCACCCCAUCAUCCAGCCUCGCAGCUGGGAGAACAGCAAGUUCGACUUUGACAAUGUUCUGGCAGCCAUGAUGGCCCUCUUCACUGUCUCCACCUUUGAGGGGUGGCCAGAGCUGCUGUACCGCUCCAUCGACUCCCACACGGAGGACAAGGGCCCCAUCUACAACUACCGGGUGGAGAUCUCCAUCUUCUUCAUCAUCUACAUCAUCAUCAUUGCCUUCUUCAUGAUGAACAUCUUCGUGGGUUUCGUCAUCGUCACCUUCCAGGAGCAGGGAGAGCAGGAGUACAAGAACUGUGAGCUGGACAAGAACCAGCGACAGUGCGUGGAAUACGCCCUCAAGGCCCGGCCCCUGCGGAGGUACAUACCCAAGAACCAGCACCAGUACAAAGUGUGGUAUGUGGUCAACUCCACCUACUUUGAGUACCUGAUGUUCGUCCUCAUCCUGCUCAACACCAUCUGCUUGGCCAUGCAGCACUACGGUCAGAGCUGCCUGUUCAAAAUCGCCAUGAAUAUCCUCAACAUGCUCUUCACUGGCCUCUUCACUGUGGAGAUGAUUCUGAAGCUCAUUGCCUUCAAACCCAAGGGUUACUUUAGUGAUCCCUGGAAUGUUUUUGACUUCCUCAUCGUAAUUGGCAGCAUAAUUGACGUCAUUCUCAGUGAAACUAAUCACUAUUUCUGUGAUGCAUGGAAUACAUUUGACGCCUUGAUUGUUGUGGGUAGCAUUGUUGAUAUAGCAAUCACCGAGGUAAACCCAGCUGAACACACCCAAUGCUCUCCCUUUAUGAACGCAGAGGAGAACUCCCGCAUCUCCAUCACUUUCUUCCGCCUCUUCCGGGUCAUGCGCCUGGUCAAGCUGCUGAGCCGCGGGGAGGGCAUCCGGACCUUGCUGUGGACCUUCAUCAAGUCCUUCCAGGCCCUGCCCUACGUGGCCCUUCUGAUAGUGAUGCUCUUCUUCAUUUACGCCGUGAUCGGGAUGCAGGUGUUUGGGAAAAUUGCCCUGAAUGACACCACAGAGAUCAACCGUAAUAACAACUUUCAGACCUUCCCCCAAGCUGUGCUGCUUCUCUUCAGGUGUGCCACCGGGGAGGCGUGGCAGGACAUCAUGUUGGCCUGCAUGCCAGGGAAGAAGUGUGCCCCAGAGUCGGAGCCCAGCAACAGCACAGAAGGGGAGACACCCUGUGGCAGCAGCUUCGCCGUCUUCUACUUCAUCAGCUUCUACAUGCUCUGUGCCUUCCUGAUCAUCAACCUCUUUGUAGCUGUCAUCAUGGACAACUUUGACUACCUGACAAGGGACUGGUCAAUCCUUGGUCCCCACCAUCUGGAUGAAUUUAAAAGAAUCUGGGCAGAGUAUGACCCUGAAGCCAAGGGUCGUAUCAAACACCUAGACGUGGUGACCCUGCUCCGGCGGAUUCAGCCCCCAUUGGGUUUUGGGAAGCUGUGCCCUCACCGCGUGGCUUGCAAACGCCUGGUCUCCAUGAACAUGCCUCUGAACAGCGAUGGGACAGUCAUGUUCAAUGCCACCCUGUUUGCCCUGGUCCGGACAGCCCUAAGGAUCAAAACAGAAGGGAACCUGGAACAAGCCAACGAGGAGUUGCGAGCCAUAAUCAAGAAGAUCUGGAAGCGGACCAGCAUGAAGCUGCUGGACCAGGUGGUGCCCCCCGCAGGCGAUGAUGAGGUCACGGUUGGCAAGUUUUAUGCUACUUUCCUGAUCCAAGAGUACUUCCGGAAAUUCAAGAAGCGCAAAGAACAGGGCCUCGUGGGCAAGCCCUCCCAGAGGAAUGCCUUGUCCCUGCAGGCUGGCUUGCGCACUCUACAUGACAUCGGGCCCGAGAUUCGACGAGCCAUCUCUGGAGACCUGACAGCUGAGGAGGAGCUGGACAAAGCCAUGAAGGAGGCUGUGUCUGCUGCCUCCGAAGAUGACAUCUUCAGGAGGGCCGGUGGCCUGUUUGGCAACCACGUCGUCAGCUACUACCAAAGCGACGGCCGGAGCGCCUUCCCCCAGACCUUCACCGCCCAGCGCCCGCUGCACAUCAACAAGGCGGGUAACAGCCAAGGCGACACCGAGUCGCCAUCCCACGAGAAACUGGUGGACUCCACCUUCACCCCCAGCAGCUACUCAUCCACUGGCUCCAACGCCAACAUCAACAACGCCAACAACACCGCCCUGACCCGCUCCCCUCGCCCCGUCGGCUCCCCCAGCGCAGCCGGCACUACGGAGGGCCACGGGCCCCCCUCGUCUCCUGCUGUCCGGGUGCAGGAGGCAGCGUGGAAGCUCAGCUCCAAGAGAGAGCAGAGUCAUUCAAGGCACAUCCUAAUGUGGGAAGGUCUUGACCUCAGCAAGAAUUCAUGUUCAGGGGGAACUCAGGCUCACUCUCCUCUGUUCAGAAGAACAAACCCCUCUAUGUGCCACUCCCGGGAGAGCCAGAUAGCCAUGGUGUGUCAGGAGGUCUCCCAGGAAGAGACGUACGAUGUGAAGAUGAGUGACGAUGCCGAGUACUGCAGCGAGCCCAGCCUGAUCGCCACAGAGAUGCUCUCCUAUCAGGAUGAUGAAAACCGACAGUUGACACCCCCUGAGGAGGACAAGAGGGACAUCCGGCAAUCUCCAAAGAGGGGUUUCCUCCGCUCGUCCUCCCUAGGUCGAAGGGCCUCCUUCCAUCUGGAAUGUCUGAAGCGACAGAAGAACCAAGGGGGAGACAUCUCUCAGAAGACAGUUCUGCCCUUGCAUCUGGUCCAUCAUCAGGCGUUGGCCGUGGCAGGCCUGAGCCCACUCCUCCAGAGAAGCCAUUCCCCCACCACGUUCCGCAGACCAUGUGCCACCCCUCCAGACACGCCCGGCAGCCGAGGCUGGCCCCCAAAGCCCAUCCCCACCCUGCGGCUGGAAGGAGCCGACUCCAGCGAGAAUCUCAACAGCAGCUUCCCAUCCAUCCACUGCAGCUCCUGGUCUGGGGAGCCCACGCCCUGUGGGGGGGCCAGCAGUGCCACCCGGAAAGCCCGGCCUGUGUCCCUCACUGUGCCCAGCCAGGCCAGAGCCUGGGGCAGGCAGUUCCAUGGCAGUGCCAGCAGUCUGGUAGAAGCGGUCUUGAUUUCAGAAGGACUGGGGCAGUUUGCUCAAGAUCCCAAAUUCAUCGAAGUCACAACCCAGGAGCUAGCUGAUGCCUGCGACAUGACCAUAGAGGAGAUGGAGAAUGCUGCUGACAACAUCCUCAGUGGGGGCACCCAGCAGAGCCCCAACGGCACCCUAUUACCUUUUGUUAACUGCAGGGACCCAGGGCAGGACAGAGCAGGGGUAGAAGAGGACGAGCCCUGUGGGCCCCCGCAGGAGUGUCGAAGGGGCGAGGAGGAGCUGCAGGACAGCCGAGCCUACGUCAGCGGCCUGUAG